AUGGGCCAGAGCGUACAUAAUGUAAACACUUGGGUCAACGCAUUCUGGGUUCGGUUCCGCGAAACUCCAGCGCCGCGGCCGCCGAUCAAGUGCUCCAGCAGCGCCGUGCCGCAUGACCCCGCCGCCUAUAAAUACGCGUACAACCGGCCGCGCCGCUAUUUAUACGGCAACAGCUCACCGGCGGAACCGCCCGUGAGUAACGCGCCUAUUGUUAACCCACUUGUCAAAGUGCAUUCGGCGGCAACGGCUUGGGCACAUGCACGCAUGAGCACAUGCGCGGCCCACUGUGAGGGCCGCAAACCCCAACGGUUUGGGAACGGUCACGCGCAAGAACUCAAC